UUAGGCAUUGGACCUUGAAUGACUCGUGCGAGUUAUCCGCGUGUAAAUCAGUGAGCUACCACUCUUCUUCACAUCGUCCACUGGUUCGUUCCCUUCCAUACCCAAACAAAUACUAUAACCAACCCCGUUCGUCUCUGUAACCAAACAACCGCCCAACCAUAUUAACGAAGAUUCAAACCUCCUUUACUGCCAUCUCCACCACCACGGCCCCUAGCGGACCCGCCGACGCCGACUGUCUCAUAGUCUCCGAAGCUUCUAGAGAGUGUGUGUGUGUGAGAGAGAGAGAGAGAGAGGACAAUCAUCAAAUUGAAACAGAGACAAAACCCUAGAAACAUAUAAAUGAAAAUGAAAAAUCCCCAAAUCUGAAUGGAAGUUAUUUUCCCUCCGUGCAGAUCAUCCGCUCACGCUUGUUUUCGGUUCCUCCGCUUUUCUCUUUUCUUCGCUGGGGGCUGAAUUUCACUCUAAAGAAAUUGAAAUAGAGAGCGCGCUCGCGGGCGGGCGUGCCCUUGUUUGCCAAUAUUAAGAGAGAGAGAGAGAGAGAGAGAGAGUGGCGAUGGGGGGUUCGGGAUCCGGUGCGGCUGAUUGUGGUAUAGGACCGAUCGUUUGGGUGAGGAGGAGGAACGGCUCGUGGUGGCCGGGGAAGAUACUGGGCCCUGACGAGCUGGCAGAGUGUAAUCUCACUUCUCCCCGAACAGGGACUCCGGUCAAGCUCCUUGGAAGAGAAGACGCUAGUGUGGACUGGUACAAUUUAGAAAAAUCUAAGCGUGUUAAGGCAUUUCGAUGUGGUGAGUUUGAUGAUUGCAUUGAAAGGGCUGAAUCAGCCCAGGGCAUGCCAAUAAAAAAAAGAGAAAAAUAUGCACGUCGAGAAGAUGCAAUUCUUCAUGCACUUGAGCUUGAAAAACAACUGUUGAAAAAACAAGGAAAAAGUGCAGCUGCUGAUCACCAAAGAAGUAAAUCAUCUGGGCCUACAAAGAAGGAGUCUGGUAUUGCUUCAGAAAGUUUGGCAAAUAAUAGUGGAAAACCUGGAAAUGCCAAAUUGAAUACGGGUAUCAAAGAUGAGAUUAUUGGCAAUCCCUUGAAAGCCAAGGAUGGAAAUCUGCUAAUCUCAGAAGAUGAUCAUUCUGAAGCAACACCACGGAUGAGAGGAUUGCGGGAUUUUGGGCUCAGAACUGCUCCUUUAAAGCGAAAGCUUCCAUCAUCUGUUGAUUCAGAUAGUUCUGUGAUACCUAUGGCAGAUAAUCACUUUCAAGCUCAUCCUGUUGGUGCCCCUAACAUGGAAAGAACAAAUCAUGCAAAUGGAGUGGAUGAGAUAGGGGCUAUUUCCCUGGCCAAGAGAAGUAGAAAUGUUCACUUACCAGCUGAGUCUAGUGAUUCUUUGGAUGAUAAAGAACUUCCUCCAAACCAGAUUAACAUGUUGUCUUCCCAGUUUGAAGAUGAUGGUGGCCAUCCUCAUGAUAGUUCCUUGAACGAACAGAACUCUUCUUCUGGUUUUAUGGAAAAUGUUGAAUCUGACUCUUCCGAAACUGACUCUUUUGAGUCUGAGUCUGAUUCUUCUGAGACUGAACCAGAUGUGGCUGGAAAAAUGACUGUUUUUCCAGGUACUUCUAUGCCUACGGAAGCUGAACGGAAUGCCCUGAGACAACCUGAAGCACCAGGAGAACAUGGAAGUACAAGCAGUGAGGACGCUGAUGAAUUAGCAUUUUCUGGUGAAAUGUCCCAUCUUUAUCCUGAUGAUCCAUUUCUUGCUAACGAGGCAGUGUCCAAAUGGCAAUUGAAAGGGAAAAGAAAUAUUCGGCACCUUACAAAAAAGUCUGUGGAUGGAGCUGAGGGAAAACUUUUAAAUGGUCCUUUUCAUGGAACCUACCAAGGGAUAAAGGGUACUUUGGGUCAAAGGUCAUAUGGUUUUGAUGAUGGUGAUUUGGGCAGAAAAUAUAUUCAGACACAGAUGGUUGGCCUGGAUAAUGGACAUUAUUCAUAUGCAUCCAGGUAUGCAUCCAAAGGUAGAAAUAAUACUGGUCAUAAUAUUAUUGAUAGGAGGGGCAUGGCUUGGGAAGAUGGUCCUGCUUUUAUAGGACAUUGGGAGGACAGGGCAGAACACUUCAAUCCAAUAGUUUUUGGACGUCAUCCAUAUGGUGGAAGGGCAAGGUCCAUGUUGGUUGAUGUGGAUGUAAAGGUCCAAGCGAGCUAUCAAAAAGAACGUGUUCCUAUUGUUUCUCUUAUGAGCAAGUUAAAUGGGCAGGCAAUUAUAGGUCAUCCAAUACAAAUUGAAGCCCUGGAAGAUGGUUCAUCAGAAACUCUUAUUUCUACAAGUGAUUAUCAUGGCAAUGAAGCAGUUGAACAUGAUGGAAAUACUUCACUUCCACCAGCUUGGAGGACUGCUCGAAGGACCAACUUUAGGGUCCCACGCCCUCAUUUAUCAUUAGUAUUGGGUGCUGACGAUGCUGAGGAUCCUCCAUUCAUAGAUCAAGAAGGACGGUCGCCAUUUAGGAAGUCUAGUGUAGGGAGUUUCAGUCACAAGGCAAGCUUGGUACGGAAGAGCCUUCCCCACAUUUCUCGGCCUUCAAUGGAUAGGAAAUUCCCAAGAAAGCUGGCUAAGAAAGCAUGCUUAUCAUCUAACCAAAAAACAAGAACCCUGUCUUCAAUUGCUGUUCAACAGAAUUUCAGAAGUAAGCCCUUACAUUAUACCAGUACUAGUCAAAUGGAUGGGCUUAUCAAACCUGAGACAUCUAGGCCAACCACAGUUGCUUGUAUACCUGUAAAAUUAGUCUUCAGUAGGUUACUUGAGAAGAUCAAUAGACCACCAUUGAAAGCAGCAUGUAAAGCGGUUAUCUCAAAAAGGGAUGCAGAGAGACAACCAUCAUAGUUAGCGUGUACCAAACUAUAUGGGAUUGUUAACUAAUACUGCAGAUGCAAUAAUUGCUGCUAAUUUCCUCCUGACAAAAAGUAUUCUGCACCCAAACCUUUAUGCUUUGUUGGCAUUGCCUGUGUGAGGACUCGUUUACCUUUUAAUUGAACAUUAAAUGAAGCAGGUAACCAUGGGUGAUCUAUAUACGGGGAACAUGUUCAACAUAUGAUUGUUAUGAUUUUAGUGUUGCCAGAUAUUGGUGUGCAAGGUACUGAAGGAAAAGCUUUCAUUAGACAGAAAAGAAGGUAAUCACUGGUUAUUACCGAUAGAAGCAGGCAGUUUGAUAUUCGGAUAGAUUUAUGUAUAUUUUUAUUUCCAUAUGAGUUCAUGUUUACAUGUUUUUAGGUUUUCUUUUUAUUUAUUUAUUUUUUUUAUAAAAAAAAGAGAAGUAUAGAGAAAUCCGGUACAGUGGGGAUCGAUGUGGACUUUCAUUUUGUAUUUAUAGUUUCAUUUAAUCAAUCAUUAGGUGGACUGAUGAGAGCUAUGGCAUCCUGCUUUGGCCAUUGUGCUUCUGUAGAAUAAGUACUCUGUGUAGGGGUAACAAAUAUGCUAUAUGAUGCACAAAAUGCAAAACUCCCAAAAAAGAUUACAUGUUACAAAUGAAGAAUUUAAAUUGUAGGUUAUUGUUCC